AUGGGAAUGGGAUCACCAAUGUGCAAUUGUUGCAAUGUGGAAAGAGCUAAUGUUUAUUGUAAGACUCAUUCGGCUAGGCUUUGUUGUCAAUGUGACUGGACGUUACACAAUGUGACUGUGAAUAGUCCUGAUCACUCGCGGUUUCUGUUGUGCAACAAUUGCGUUUCGCAGCCCGCGGCUGUCCAGUUCCUUGAGCAAGGAUUUAACCUAUGCCAAACAUGCGUUUCAAACGCCAAUGUCACCUCACGUUUCCUUCUUUGUAAUGCUUCCAUUAAUAAGAAUAGUUGUCCACCAGAUCCUCUUGAUCUCGAUUCCUCUUGCUCCUCUUCUUCAUUUUCUUUCAUAGAUUGGGGAUUUCCCUUUGUUUCAUUACCUUUACCUCCCAAUAAUGGGGACUUAUCAUCAUCCUCUAAAUUUUUUCAAAAUUUUGACAAUCAUACAAAGAAUACUAGUGAUCAACAAGUGCAAAUGCUUCAGCCAAACUAUUUGGACAUUCUUAAGGAUAGUUCAUGUUCAGGCUUCAAUGUUUUCUACGAAAAUAAAGAAAAUAUAGUGAUGGACAAUUAUUGUUUUGGCGAGGCAGGAGAAGAUCUGAUCCUAACCGAUCCACGAAUCAUCGAUGAAUUAAUGAAGUACGAUGCCGAGACCACGACCGAGAUUCCAUCAUCGGGUAUGUCAUCGGUUAUACAUAAAGAUUACAACAGUGAAGCUCUGGCUAAUGCAAGCUGUGAAGAUUACAACAAGAACCAAAUGGUCGGCUCAAAGACAAAGGAAGAGACCAAUAAUAAUCUUGGAACAUUCCCGAACGCUCUUGUUCAAACUGACUGUGGACCAUCGCAGUUGAUUCUGACCGAUGAGAUGUUAACAUGGGAAAAUCAAAUACCUCAUGCAUACAAUGCGCGAGCACGACAAGAGGCGGUGAAUAGAUAUUUUGCAAAGAAGAAGAAACGCAAGUAG